AUGGAUUCAGCGCCAACUGUACCUCGGAAUAUUGAACAGCCAGGCCUAUACUGGAAGCCAGGUCUCUUCGGCGCGAGACCAACAUGGACCAAAGAGCCAUCCAUUGACAAGACCACAGAGCUGGCGCGAAAACAUUUGAUGCUGCCACAAAAUGAGCUUAUUGAACUGAAGCCCUUCGCCGAAGGCGCCUUCAACAAACUAUACGAGAUUGCCUGCUCCAAAGGUCAAUUCGUCUUUCGUGUCACGCUGCCUGUAGCACCAAAAGUCAAGACCAGUAGCGAAGUCGCUACUUUAGGCUUCCUCGGCCAGAAGACCAACAUUCCAGUCCCUGAGAUUGUUGCACACAGCGAGAAUUUUGAGGAUGACCUGGGCUUUGAAUGGAUACUUAUGGAGCGUAUGCCAGGCCGUCCACUCCGAGAAGUAUGGCAUGAGAUGUCCUGGCUUCACAAAGAGCUUCUGGUCCAACAAAUAGUAAAAUUCAUGGUCCAGCUAUACCAUUUGAAGCUCUCUGGUAUAGGCAGUCUUUACUCCAAUCGGUCGCCUACCAUCAGCGGACGCAGCACACACUAUACCGUCGGAGAGGCAGUCACACAAGCUUUCUUCAUAGACGAUCACAUCCAGCAGCCCAUCUACCGCGGCCGGUUCGCAAGCAGCCAAAGCUUCGUGGAUGCUCACAUGGCCUUCCUGCAGCACGACAUCACCAAGCUACAACAUGCAGAAGACUCAGAUAGCUACGACUCUGACGAUGAAGAACAAGCCGAAGGCAUGUCAGAGAUCUACUCCAAACUCCAAAAGGUGAUUCCAAAGAUCUUCACAACGCCAGCGGAGGAGCACGGACAUGAAGAGUCAAUACUCUUCAACGGCGACAUCUCCCUGAACAACAUCCUCGUCUCCGAUUCCGGUAACCUAGUGGGAAUCGUAGACUGGGAAUGCACUACCACAGUACCACCCUGGCACGCCUGCCAAAUCCCCCAGUUCCUCGACGGUCUCUUACUCACAUCCACAACAUCCCAGCCCCAACCACCUCUACCCCUCACCCCCGAAGCACUCGCCGACAAAGACGCCGUACAGUUCCACAACGAACAGCUUCAAUGCUACGAGCUCACCUGUCUACGCACCUUCUUCGUUGAAGAGAUGCGCAGACAGUGUCCGGAGUGGCUGGUGCACUGGAAGGAUGGGGCAAAGAAGAGGGAUGUGUUGAUUGUGAUUGAAGAGUGUGGGGAUGAUAGCCAGUGGACGUUGAUUAAUGGGUGGUUGGAUGCGGUGUUGGACGGGAGAGAGCCGAAAAAGGGGUUGUUGGAGGCGAUGUGGACGCCUGUUGGCGAGUAG